GAACAUAGAAGUAUAAAAGGGGUACAACAGCAAGACCCCCGCUCCGUUUCGACAUCAUGAUAUUCGAAUGUGGAGUAUAUAAAGUUAAACGAUCGAAAUUGGCAGCGUAGUCUGUUCAGAUUCAUUUAAAGGUUCAGAGAGAACGCACUAAGAAAAGCUCUAAAUAAUGGCCGAUGAAGCAAAACCUGCAGAAGAAGCACCCCCAGCAGCGCCUGCCGAGGGAGAAGCUCCACCAGCCGAAGGUGAACCUGCAGCACCAGCAGAGCCCAUUAAACACACCUACACACUUUUUUAUUUUAAUGUGAAAGCGCUCGCUGAACCUUUACGCUACCUCUUUGCGCAUGGUGGUAUUGAAUACGAGGAUGUUCGAGUGACGCGGGAUGAAUGGCCUGCAUUGAAACCAACAAUGCCAAUGGGUCAAAUGCCCGUGUUGGAAGUCGAUGGCAAACGUGUACAUCAGAGCAUUUCAAUGGCUAGAUUUUUGGCUAAAACAAUUGGACUGAGUGGUUCCAAUCCAUGGGAGGAUUUGCAAAUCGAUAUUGUCGUUGAUACAAUCAAUGACUUCCGCCUAAAAAUUGCAGUCGUAUCCUAUGAACCGGAGGACGAAAUUAAGGAAAAGAAACUGGUUACACUCAAUACAGAAGUCAUUCCAUUCUAUUUGGAAAAAUUGGAACAAACCGUUAAGGAUAACGAUGGACAUUUAGCACUUGGAAAGCUUACAUGGGCCGAUAUCUAUUUUGCUGGCAUUUUGGAUUACAUGAACUACAUGGUAAAGCGAGACCUCCUAGAGUCUUACCCUGGAUUAAGAGCCCUUGUAGAUUCUAUUAACAGCAUUGAAUCUAUCAAAGCCUGGAUAGAAAAACGACCACAAACAGAAGUCUAAAUACAAAGCUAUAGGAGUUAUAUUAACACAAUCGCUAAAAGCUGAAAGAUAUAUCAUCGGCUUUCAAAUAAACUUCAAAUAUUACUACGUAACUUAAUACUAAAACCACACACAAGUACACACUUUUUUGUUCCUUUUUUGUAUUAACAUAUUUUUACAUGUAUUUUCCAUAGAUUUUUUUUUAUUAUGUACUUUCGUUCGGGGAAUCAUUACACAAUGUAAUUUAUAGCAAUGUUUACCAGUUCGCUCAUUGUUUCGGCCAUUCUUUAUUUUAUACAUUUUGCUGAGUUGGAUUAAAAUUCAAAAGAAUUUAAAUUUCACUUUGUAAGAGAUCCAGCAAUGUCAUAACCAUGUUUACACAUCCAACAGUCUUAUGAACAAACAUGAAAUAAACACCGCAAAAAAAAAAAGAACAAUACUGUACUGAGGAAUAUUUUUACAUUUAUUAUUUCUAAAAUUAAUAAAAAUAAAACAAAACGUACAAAAUAA